AUCAAGCCGACCGCCAUCUUAUGUUGGUUGUUUAGUUUUAGAAGAAAUUUUCUAUAUCCUCGGGUGUAACUUCGAUAUUUUAUGAUCUACAAAUGCAUACGAUCGCAUGAGUUACAUGGUAACCUGGAUCUGUACAAAUAAUGAGUCUGGAAACCCUAUUAGAAGCCGCAGAAUUUCUCGAGUCCAAGAAGUGGCGUACCCCGCCUAAAGCACGUGGCGAGGAAUCCUCUCAAGAUUUUCACCAUUACGCUAAAACAUCGUCGAUAGAUGACAACGGAGACUCGUCGCUUGACAGCAGCCAUGGUCAAGGUGGGCCGGGAGACGAUUUCCGUGACAAGCGGCGCUACGGAGGAGCCGGGACACGCGAGGUCCAUAACAAGCUGGAGAAAAAUCGGCGAGCUCACUUGAAAGAAUGUUUUGAAGUGCUGAAAAAACAAAUUCCGUUUAUGGAAGAUAAAAAGACAUCAAACUUGAGCAUACUGAGAGGGUCUUUGAAAUAUAUCCAGAACCUAAAGAGAAAGGAGAAGGAGUAUGAGAUGGAACUACAGCGCCUUGCGCAGGAGAAGUCACGUCUCCGUGACCGUAUCGCUGCACUGAAGAUGGAGCUGGCGGAGAUGAACAUCGAGGUGGAUCUGGUGCAGUGGAUGCACAGUCAGGAACAGGAGACAAACUCUACCUCUACUGCCACCGAGGGUCGCAGUCCCAUCGUGAGUGACGCAGAGGAAGAUGGGGAGGAGGAGGAAGAGGAAUCUCCGACGCUGCAGCGUAUCGCACCAAAAGCUGCAAUGAUGAACUCUGCCGUGAAGUCCCUGCCGCUUGGAAUGUAUAAAAAUACGCCAUCGGGUAAAGCAAGUUCUGCUGUGCAACAUGCAUCGCCAGUCACAACAGCUGCCUCACCAUCUGUUGCACCCCCUCCUGUUGCCCCCCGACCACCCAUGGUGAGACCCCCCGUCACUCAGAUACUACACGACACGCUAACACAACGCCAAGCGUUACAGAAACAAGCUCUAGCUGCAUCUCAAGCUGCCCGUGCAGCCUCUCAGAUGAACAUGAAGCAGCCGAUUACAUCUUUACGACAACCAUUUGCAAUCAGUAACCUUGCUCCUUCUACGACCUCUGUGAAUCCUGGAGGUCAUUCAGGAUCGGGAAAACUGAUGACGGCCACAGUGAACAUCCCUAAUAUUUCCAAGGCUCUAGGACAUCCGCUGUUGGUUGCUGCAACAGCUCUGGCAGCAGUGGCAUCCCAAACGCUGGUGGAUCAUCAUCAGCUAUCCUGAAUCACCUGAAUUCAGUUAAAAACCCUUUACCUUCUGUCAUAACGACUUUGGCCCCACCCACUGUUUCCACGGUAACUACACGGUCCCAACAAUCAAACCCAUCUUUGCGACAUCCCCAGCGCACUUGGUGCCCGGGCAGCUGACAUUUAAUCCGUUAAUUGCUGGAACGAUGCCCAAGACGACAGGUCAAGUAUUAUCUACAGUCGGGAACAUCCCUACGGGGACGAUCCUCACCUCCACCCAGACGCAAGUAACCAGCAUGCCCCACAUAAUGUCACUAGCACACAUGGGCCUUAACAACAUGACUGUCAUGUCGCCUGGGAUGCCUGUCGCCAACUUGGCAUCAAAUCAACUCAAUAACGUUCUGUCACAGCAGGCGAUCCUGAAGCAAAUCCCUCUUCUUCAGCCACAUAUACUACAGUCAGGGCAAAUGAUUGGAACCCCUGUUGUCAAGCCAGUUGUCAUGGUUUCCAUGCCUAGUGUUGCCACGACGACCACUCCCGCGGUGCAGGUCACCCAUUCGACAUCGUAACUGCAUUCCAGGAUGAUUUGUUGUUGCUGUUUUUUUGUCCCAGAGAAACAGAAUAGAGUUAUGUCCUGUGACGUACGUAUUUAUUUUAGUAUUAUCUCUUCUAAAGAGAUGCUGUUGUAUCCAGGACAACUGUUGCUAGGUAACAUGGUGCAUACAUUAGGGUCUUGUUUUAUAUCCAUUUGUUAUUGAAGUGAAAAUGUUAUCAAGUGUGAUAGUGAGAUAUUUUGACAUGUCUACAUGAAAUGUGCUCAGCUUGUUGUGUGUGUUGUGUAAAUGUUUUGUGUCAAGUGUUGGAACUGAUGUCUAGCUUGCAUGGAUGUAUAGAAAGUAUUCAUAAGCAUUUUUUGAAUUGUCAAUGCUGAUACCGGUACCACUUAUCAUGAACUUACAUGACUGGGGUCACUGUUCCUGAACAUGACGUGGUCACUGUUCCUGAACGUGAGUGCUUUACUGUUCAUAAACCUUACUUGGUUCACUUUUCAUGAACUUUGGUUCACCUGGACGAGGUUCACUGUUUAUGAACAUCACUUGGUCAGUGUUCAUGAAUAGGUUAGGUUAGCUGUUCAUGAAUUGGACAGGUUCGCUGUUCAUGAACUUGACUAGGUUUACUGAUGAUGGAUGUGAACUGAUUUCACUGAUGAAGAGUGAGACUGGGAUUACUAGUCUUUGGAAAUCGGUUAAAAUUACAUGAAGUAAUCUGUAAUAGAUUAUGAUUGUGACACAAACAGUACCUUCAAUGUAAAUAGCACUAAACAGCUUUCAAAUGAUUCACAAAACCACAUUAAUGGGACGCUAUUGGUGACUUUGGCUUUCCUAUCAGACAUAUUAUGCAGUUAAUCCCGCACUAACAGAUAAAUUUCAUGAGAAAAUUUAUCAAACAUUUCAUUAUUGAUGAUUAAAACUGUAACCAAACCAUCCUAGCAAUAGGUUUCAAAUAUAAUGAAUUUUGUUGAUUUCAUUAAUCAUGAAUUGUUACAUCAAUCAUGACAUCACCCAUUUUCCCUGGUCAUUAAUUGUAUUGAUCUCGUGCACGAUGAACAUGAAUUGUAUCAACAAAUAUGAAAUCACUUGUAUCCAAUGAUUUGAAAAAUAAUUCACAUGUAUUUUCAAAAUGUUCAAAACAGAUGUAAUUUCUGUUGAUGUCAGUUUCCUUCACUGUAGUACCCUGAGUAGGUGAGUGGUGGGGUAGCCUAGUGGUUAAGCGUUCUGCUCAUCACGCCGAAGAACUGGGUUCAAUUCCCCACAUGGGUACAGUGUGUGAAACCCAUAUCUGGUUUGCUCCACUGUUGCUGGAACAUCUCUAAAAGCGCGUAAAACCACACUCACUCACUCACUCUGAGUAGGUUGGGAUUAGACGCUGCCCUGAACAGCUGAACAAUAUUUUGGUUAGAUCAUGAUUUGUGGCAGGAUGAAGGAGGAAAGCGUGAAGCGAUGCAGGUCUUUGUUGUUAACUCAUGAAGAUAAUGCUGACAUACCUUGAAACAAAAUCGGAGUAAAUUGUAACACCCAUGGUGUGUCAUAUAAACAUUACAAUAGAACACAUUUAAUGCCACAAAAACAAAUCACCUCUCAAGUCAGAAAUUGAUUCUAAUGAUUACUUAAAUCAUGGAAUUACCAUUUUUAAAACAUUUGAAUCCUGCAUAUUUCCCAGAUGCAACCAUGUCAGUGUGACCUACUACAGUCGAGGGGCGGUGGGGUAGCCUAGUGGUUAAAGCGUUGGCUCGUCACGCCGAAGACCCGGGUUCGAAUCCCCACAUGGGUACAAUGUGUGAAGCCUAUUUCUGGUGUCCCCCGCCGUGAUAUUACUGGAAUAUUGCUAAAAGCGGCUUAAAACGAAAACUCAGUCAGUCAGUACUACAGUCGAACCCAGUUGUCUUGGACUCCAAAACACCAGAGAAAUGCAACAUGUUAUAUUUGGGAUUACACUUUCCUAGUAAAGUACAGAUUCUAGUACUUGAGUUGGGUUGAUUCCAUGAUACGAGCCCACACCUUCAGAGUUGGGCACCUAAUCGCAGCACACAAUGUCAGAUGCCUAACCCGCUAAGGCACUGUGGUUUCAAGAAAAACUGUCGGACAACUGGUAGUCUAGACCACAGACUUUGUGUACCUCUCUGAUAAGUGUAAAUUGAGAAAUGGUUAUCUGGGGUUGACACAGAGAUUAUUACACAUUGACUUUGUGUUUAUAUAGUCACAACAGUUUUGUUGACUGAAGAUCUUACAGGCCUAAGUACCGGUCAUAUUGUGGCAGUAUUCAUUCAGAACAACCAAUGUCCUGUCAUUGUAUUAAAUGUAAUAUUGUGUUUAGGACAAAAUACCAAUACAAAUUGAAACUUUUGCAAAGUACAAAAAACAUGAGUUCAACUGAUCUGGGUAACUUUAAAGCUUAUGACUGAUUUACGAAUUCCUUUAGUUUGGCAGUCAUCACACUAUGAAAAUCUUUUAGAUUUUUUCUGGACUAUAAGCUCACCCUCAAUAGUUGUGUGGAUAAUAGUCUUUUGUAACCUAAAACUUGAGUUUACCUUUUUUAUAAUGCUCUAAAUUCAAUUCACUAGGUGAUUGCACAUAGAGCUAAUAUAAAUCCACUGGUAUUUACAAAGUUUUUAAAAGGAGCAAGAUGAGUAUGUGUUGUAAAAUUGGUUAAACUGGUAGGUCUUUAAAGUCCUUUUAAAAGUGGAGAGAUUUUCAAUUUUUUCAAGUCAGCAGGCAGUUUGUUCCACAUUCUGGCUAGGUUUUAACUAUUUUUAGCUCUAAUGACUAUGAUAUGAGUUUGGUACCACCAAGAAUCUGACACUAGGUAAAACUGGAGACAACUGUGAGAAGAGCUUGCAGUGAUUGGGAUGUCGCGGAGUCAUGUUUUGGACUGUAUCUACAAUGAGAACACCAAACUGGAUGCAGAAAUAGUCAGUUUUAUUUCCUUGUGUUGUGAAUUAUUUAUUCCUGUCCCAUAUUAAGUUCAGUGUGCCAAACAUGUAGAUUGUGGUUUGUCAAAUAUCUGUGGAAACGUAUAUUUUUUUUUUUUUAUAGAAAUAUGUUACCAAGUAUAUUUGAUGUUAUAUAAAAACCUUUAAAGCUGGCUUGAAUAGAAGUUACUUUGACUGUAAAAAAAUACUUCAAGUAUUCAAUGCUUCUUAGUUCUUCACUUUUGCAAAAAUUAGGCAAGGCAAAUCUGUAGAUCAAGACAAAACAACCUUGUGAUGUGUACUACAAGGUUAUAGAAGAAGAAGUUAUAGAAACCCCAGUACUGUUCAUCGGACUACAGCUAGUCUGGCCUGGAGGGGUGGUGGGGUAGCCUAGUGGUUGAAGAGCUCGCUCAUCAUGCCAGAAACCUGGUUCUAUUCCCCACAUGGGUACAAUGUGUGAAGCCUAUUUCUGGUGUAACCCGCCGUUAUAUUGCUGGAAUAUUGCUACAAGCUGCGUAAAACUGUACUCACUCGAAAGAUCAAAAUUAUCACUAAGCCACUUCGAUUGCCCACAUUGGUACAAUGAUCAUUUCUGGUAUCUGGUAUUGCUGGAAUAUUGCUAAAAGCAGCAUAAAACUAACUCACUCAUUAAUCCAACCUGCCAUGACAGAUUAUCUGUAGUUAAAUGAAACAAAUUACCUAAUAGCAUGACAGAGUAACUAAAAUAUGAUAUAAUCAGGGUCUCUUUAACUUCUUUUCCGAAUAUGUGAUGAUACGCUAUGGUAGUUGUGUAGACACUGUGGAGACUAGUUUGCUUGUGAGAGAGAAUGUGUUGUCUGUUUUACUAGUGUGAUGUGUUGUUGUCAGACAUCUCUUCAGGCAGCUUCUGAUUUUGUUAAUUACCUAUUGUAAGUACUUUCUGUUGCUAUUUGUGUAUAUAUGUUUGUGAGUCCAUACCUGGGCCCUGUUUCACAAAGCUCUUGUAAGCCUAAGAUCUCGUAACAUUUGUACCUCCUUUGUUACAGUAUAGGAGGUACAAAUGCUGCGAGAAAGUUACGAGAUCAGGAGGUACAAAUACUACGAGAAAAGUUACGAGAUCAGGAGGUACAAAUACUACGAGAAAACUUACGAGAUCUUAGGCUUACAAGAGCUUUUUGAAACAGGCCCUGGACUACUUUGUUUAUAUUCUUUGUAAAUAUACAAUGGAAAUACUAAUUUAUGACUUUGGUGCAAACUGUAUUAUUAAACCACAGUUUCUUCCCA